AUGGCGGACGAGCAGGUCUUACCAACGCUGCCAAAAACCCCAUUCAAUGGGGCGAGCAAGCGAGCGUGGGCGCAAGCCAACGCGCCUCCACCCAGUGUCUCAACCUCGAGCGAUCCAGCCGUCUUUUCCAGCGAUGACGACCCUGCACUCGAGGCAUACGAAAGCGCCCGCCGACACAAGCGGCGGUAUGUAGGGACAUGGUAUGAGCAGCAUGCUGCUCUGUCUUCCGACUCGGCAAUGGGUGAUCACUCGUCGUCGCCCUUUGUCCGCUCAUCGCCCAUCGUCUGCCGCCCUCUUCGGCGAAAGGCUGGGGCGAGACAGCAAAAGCGCGAGUUCAGGAAGCUCGACAGCGGUAUUUUCAUGGGUGGACCGGACUCUACUGAUACAGAGGGCGACGUCCCGACCCCAUACACACCAAAGUUCUUCGCGUCGCCGGCACAGCUGAAAAUAUCGCCUCGAUCUCAACCACAGUUGUCCGAAGCUGAGGCAGUUGCACGGGAGAGGAUCAAAAGAUGUGUGGAGAACGGCACCCAGGAGGUUGAUUUGAGUGACCUUGGCCUGAACUCUAUCUCGACGGAGACUAUUGCACCAAUUGCCGAUAUCGAGCCGAUUCCCGUGGUUGUGAAGGGCGUGUCAUUCCGUCAAGCUGACCCAGACAUCAAGAUAUAUCUGUACAACAACAACCUUAAAGACUUUCCCUCAUCUCUGGUGAAUAUCGAACCUCUUACGUUCCUUACUCUCCGAAACAACGACUUGACGGAGAUUCCAACAUGUAUUGGAAAGCUAAAGAACCUGAAGACACUUAACCUUGCGCAAAACAAGCUCAGGUAUCUUCCGGCCGAGAUUCUGCGGCUCAUGGGCGAUGAGGGGAAGUUGGUGAUGCUUCAUACUGCAUCAAAUCCUUGGUGGAUGGCAGAGAAGGUUUCGUUCGAGGCCGCGACAACAAACUGCGGUCCCAACCCAUUGAUCCGGACCCCAGUGGAAUUCUUGGGCAGCGAUGGUCGGAUCUACUCGAGAUUUCGUCUGCCGUUGUUCGGAGAUUUGGCUGAGAGCACUGGCUCACUGGAAUUGGAGGUGGAGGACCCUACCGAGCUCGAGAUGCCCCAGGAUGUUAGCUACAGGGAGCAGGACGAUAACAGGCUCCUCAACCCAAAGGGUGCGAGGUCGCUAUUCGAGUAUGCGCUCAAAACGCUUACUCAGCUGCCGGAGCCCGAGCUAGAGGAAGUCAACUAUUGGUUGGAAGUUGAUGAAGGCUAUCCGGACGUUCGGGAGGCGCUCAAUCAGGCCGCGGAGGCCCACCGCAGAGGUGGCCUCACAUGCUCGGUGUGUAACCGGGGGAUGGUCGUUCCCCUGACCAGGUGGGUUGAGUUCAAGGCUCCUGCAGCGACGAAGUUGGACAGGGAGUUGCUUAUACCCUUCUUGAAAGUUGGAUGUUCGUGGAAGUGUGUGCCUGCCUGUCAGUCGAGGUCUUAG